AUGUUGUUGGCCGUGGUGACGUUCUCCUCCACCUACGUGUUGGUGGCUCUCAGCAUAGACCGUUACUACGCCAUCAAAUACCCGAUGAACUUCUCCGGCAGCUGGAGAAGAGCUAGAAUCCUUGUGGUGACAGCAUGGGCUCUGGCUCUGGUGUUGUCCAUACCAAUUGGCGUGCUGUACCAUGAGAGACCAGUCCAGGGCCGCAUGCAGUGCUGGAUAGAGUUCUCCGAGCCGUGGCAAUGGCAACUCUACAUGACCCUGGUGGCAACAGCUGUCUUUGUAGCCCCUGCCUUCAUAAUCUCUAUCUGCUAUGCUCUCAUAGUCACCACCAUCUGGGCCAAGAGCAAACUCUACACCCACAAACCAACUCUCGAUGACACAAGGCGAGCAAGUUCCAGAGGAAUCAUUCCACAAGCCAAAGUGAAGACUGUCAAAAUGACGUUUAUUAUUGUACUUGUGUUCGUGCUCUGCUGGAGUCCUUAUAUAGUGUUUGAUUUGCUGCAAGUCUACGGCUACAUUCCUCGCACACAGAGUAACAUCGCGGUGGCAACACUGAUCCAGAGCCUGGCUCCACUCAACUCUGCUGCUAACCCUAUCAUUUAUUGUAUGUUUAGUGCUAGCAAGGCCACAAGAUAAAUCAGUGUAGUGACAAUAUGUCUGUGUUUUGUACUCAACUAAGUUGUUUGUAGAUGAAUUAAACAACACACUGUGUGGAAAUAGUUGAUUAGGAUUAAACUAUUUGUCUACUA